AUGGUUUCAGUAUCGGAUCAGCUACGGGUGAGGUUCUUCUCGCAGUCCCUCACCGGUCCAGCGUUUGGAUGGUAUACCUCGUUGCCACCAAAUUCAGUGCAAUCAUGGAAGCAGCUGGAGGAACUGUUCCACACCCAGUACCAUUCAGAAGGUACUGAAGCUGGUAUUGCCGAACUAGCUCAGGUUCGGCAGAAGCGAGGAGAAACAGUCUCUGAAUACAUCCAACGUUUCAGAACUUUCAGGAACCGAUGCUAUUCGGCUCACUUAACUGAGAAAGAGGCAGUCGAGCUGGCCGUGGCAGGCCUUGCAGCGUCGUUCAAAGACCUGACGUUCCAGGUUGAGUACAACUCGUUGACGCACCUGGACAAGUUCAAGCGCGCGAUAACCCUGGUCAAUGCUGAUGAGGAUGAAGAUUCCGCGGAAGAUCAGGAAGUUGCAAUAGCCGAGUGGACUCGGACGCCAGUACCUGUGUCCUGCAAAUGGGUGAACCCGCCAGGGCCUCCAAGAGGGUUGGACUUUGGCGUGACCAAGACUGAACAGAUCUUCGAUCUGCUUCUGAAAGAGAAACAGUUGAAGCUACCCGAAGGCCACAAGAUCCCUACGGCACAGGAGAUGAACAAGAGGCCAUACUGCAAAUGGCAUCAUACGUUCACGCACGCCACCAAUGACUGCAAAGUGUUACGCGCACAAAUUCAGAUGGCGAUAGAAUCAGGCCGAUUAACUUUCGGACAGUUUGCCAUGAAGGGUUUGUGA